AAAAAAGAAGAAGAAGAAAAACACAAAAUAAGUGUGAGAAAGAGAGAAAGAGUCUCUCUCUCUUGAGUCUUGAAGUCAUGCAGCUCAAAUCAUCAUCACCAUCUUCAUCAUCUUCUUCCUCUUCAUCAUCAUCCAUGAAACUCAAAACACUAAUCCAAAAUCUCCUCACACACCCUCUCUACCGUUUCCUAAGAGCGCUGGCGAGAGCCAAAUCAAUCUUUCUAGAGAUCUCGAAGCACAACAACAAGAAACGAAAACUCAUGAUGUUUUUUCCAACAAAGGCUUCAAAGAACCAACGCAAGAUCUUCUUCGGAUCUUUCAGGUUGCAUUACAACUGGUGUUCUUCUCAUGUCGUCCCUGUUCCUCAACCCUUCCCUUUUCCAGCUGUCUCUGACAUCAAAGGUGAAGAGGAUGAAGAUUCUCAGCUCUCUGGCUACCUCGAGUGGCUCGAACACAAGAAAGUCGAAGAUGCCGAAGAGAUCAGCAAUGUUGCAGCUCAUGAUGAAGAAGAUGAUAUUGAUCAUUUGGCGGAUAUGUUCAUUGCUAAUUGCCACGAGAAGUUCUUGCUUGAGAAAGUCGAAUCUUACAGGAGAUUUCAAGAAAUGCUAGAAAGGAGUUUGUGAAUUAUCAGAGGUGAAUCAUAGAUUUUGACUCUUGUCUGAUUAAUUAAUAAUCAUGUUGUAAAAUCUUAGCUAGUUAAUUUGAUUCGGUAAUAUACCACAAGGUGGUGAAAUGUGUAUCUUGAAAGUUUUGGGGGUAAUGUGCGGAAGAGGUUGAAACUUUUGGGGGUAAUAGUGAAACCUUUAAUAUUGUAAAAACAAUAAUAAUUAGUGUUGUCCAUCUAAUUGGGCACAUAUAGUUAAGUUGUGAGUUCUGAUUA